CGGAGGAGACAGAGCAAAGACAGCAGAGUGACCAUCGAAGGGCUGGGGAGGGUUGGAGCACAUGUCGCUAUUGCGAAGAAACACGGUGGGGUGCCUGCAGACUUUAGCCCGAGGAUGCAAGAAUCCUAAGAAGCCCCAGCACUCCAAGCGGAGCCAGAUCGGGCUCUACGCCGGGAAGGACAUCGGGUUCGGGAACACUAUUUCGUUCUCCCACAAGAAGAACCGAAGGACGUGGAAGCCCAACGUGCAGAAGAAGGCCCUUUACAGCGAAACCCUCGAUGAGUGGAUCAAGUUCAGCUUGACCACACACGCUCUGCGGUGCGUCGACCGGGCGGGUGGCAUCGACAGGUACCUGCUGAAGACACCAGACGAGUGGCUUAACUCGGUGCAGGGCUCGAAGGCGAAGCGAAAGAUCGAGGAGGCUCUGGCGGCGAGAGGUGACUCUUCGGGCGAGCUGCACGCAGGGGAGGGAGAAGGAGGGGCAGACGCGGGGUUGCGAACGGAAGGGGGGCGACAAUCGAGCUAACAGGCUCUCAGUGCUCCGUCUCCAUGGAGAAGCAACCUGGAAAGGGGCUCUACGUACACGAAGAGCUGUUCCAACGGAACGCAUAAGGAAGAAAAGGAGAGGAGAGCGUCAACGAGGUCAAAAUCGCUAGAGGCGGAAUAAGCGGGAAAGAGAAGUCGCCCGGUAGCUGUUGGCCAAGCCACCCAGGAGCGAGCCGGAGCUGUGUCGAGCGCGUUUCGCAGCACCGUGUACACGGUCGUCUCGCCUCUUGAGCUUUGCCCUCUAGGUGGCUCAGGCCGCUUGAUUCUUGCUGCUGCUGCUGGCUCUGGUGUCCGGCAAGGUACUGCUGUAGAUUGCUUGAGAAGCGAAAGCGCGCGGAUGUUUCCCCUCGCGCUUGCAAAUUCUCAACGGUUAUCUUCCAGCAAGAUAUCAACACGAGCAAAUCUGGGGCAACCUGCUGUGUGCCCGGCGGAGCCUCCACAGUAGCUUGGGGAAGCCCGUCGCCGUUGGCAAACUGUACUGCCGCGUUGCGGCCGAUCAUGCUCGGGAUGCAUAAUCGAAACGACCAAGAGUGUACGGAUCUGGUAUGCCUUUGAUACGUUGCUCAGCGUAAGUUUGCGAGGCGGUAAUGGUAUAGGUCUUCGGGAGAUCGGCAUGAGCAUCCCCGCUCAACGCCCGGGAAUGAAAGAGUGUUUUUUUGUGUGUUUC